AUGGCGUCUCAAAAGCCCGCCGAGCUGAUUCGCCGUCAUCGGUCAGUCAUUGCCUGCCAAGGUUGUCGCCUGCGCAAAGUGCGCUGCAGCCUAUCUGUCACCGGCGUGCCAUGCACCACUUGUACCCAGGAUGGUACUGAUUGCCUUGUCAGCCCGCGACGACCAAGGCAAAGGAGAAAUCAACGAGGCCGUACCUCGGCUCUUUACUCGCCACCUGGAGACGCGCCUCAAACCAACUUUGCCAAUGUCGACCCCAGCUCUAUUAUCGAGCCAUGCUCCAAUAUGAGAGUAGACGUUGCCGCUGCUGAUGACGCGGAACAAACGGCGUCUUGCUUGGACUGCGAGAGUGCCAGCAUAUACAAUGAGGAGCGCAGUGGCAUUGAAAUUGCAGAAGCCGCCUUGGGAGUACCACGGAGAGUCGGACAGCUGCCUUUUUAUUCCGGGGAACACCUCGGUUUACACGUCGGUUCGUCAGUACCGAGACACUUCCUGAUCCCCUCGGAUACUGAGGCGUUUCUUGAAGAAGAAGAUCGAGAGUACUUGAAAGCAAAGGGAGUCUUUACGUUGCCCCAAAACGAUACUUGUGCCGCCUUACUCCGUGUAUACUUGUCCCAUGUGCAUCCCGUCUACCCAGUCAUUGAGGUUGAGCAACUAUGGGAUUGCUACCAUAAUGGACGACUUGGCCAAUAUAAUCUUCUGCUUUUAUGGAGCAUAUUUUCCGUUGCGGUGAAUUUUAUCUCGUCUCAGGAUUUCGAACGAGAGGGGUACAAGUCUCGACGGCAUAUGAAGGCUGUCAUGUACUCUCGAGCAAAGUGCAUGUACAACAAUGGUGGAGAUAGAGAUCUCGUGGUCCGCCUACAAGCUUCCUUCUUAAUGGGCUUUUGGAGCGCAGAGCCAUUUGAACACGUACGACCGUGGUAUUGGACCGGCAUUGCCAUUAAUUAUUGCCAGAUGCUAGGUUUGCACAGGAACCCGGACUCGGCGGAGCACAAGUCGUCCAUUAGUGAACCGCAACGACGUUUGUGGCGUCGAAUCUGGUGGAGUUGCGUUUUCCGCGAUCGAUGGCUUGGUCUAUGCCUGGGAAGGCCGCAGCGGAUCAACCUGGAUGACUGCGACGUCCCAAUGCCGACGGUAGAUGACGUGAUUCAAGAAUUGGAAAAAUUGCCUCAAGGUGCAUAUACCGCCUUUAUGCCGGUUGAGAUGCCGCGCCUGGCCACGUACUGGAUCAUAUUGCUCAAGCUGAGUAGACUGCUCGGUACUGUGCUACACAUGAACCACCAGGCGCGGGAUCCCAGGGCAUCAUCCGUAGAGAUACGUGCCAUGGAGGAUGAAGUCCUUCAAUGUACCUUGCCGGAUCAAUAUGAAGCCAAUCAGACGCGCCUGGCCUCGUUUUAUGUUCAUCAUAUCCACUUGCACCAUCAAGCACUUUUGAUUACAUUUUACCGCCACAAUGCCACAGAGUGUCCCGAUGACAUUCCGUCCGCUCAACGAGAGGAUUGGAAACGCAUGCUCUGUUUAAAGGCUAGUACUGCGGCACUACGAACAAACGAUAUUCUGGACCUUGUCGUUCGGGAUGGGCUUCUUGGAUUUGCAGGUCCCAUGACACCCCCGCUCCUGAUCCCCGCCAUGCAAAUGCACCUGUUGGAUUGCAAAUCUCCUGGCUCCCUCCCGAGGAGGCUUGGUCUUAAAAGAUUGGAGGCAUGCCUGUUGGUGCUGGAAGGGCUGCAGAAGACUUAUGCCGGCGCCUCAAUCCACCGUGGUAUAUUCUUGAAAGCCAUACAACACAUGUUCCCAGGCUAUGCAACCGGCUCAGCUCCAUCGAGCGAGACGAUGCAGUCUGUAGUAAACGCUAGAUCCGAGACGAUAGGAGACGCUUCUGCGAGCGAAACAUUUGUUGACAAUGUUUCUGCAGAGGUGAGUGCACCUACAGAUGACUUUCUGGAUACGCUGUUGGACGAUGGAGCGUUCUUCCCUCUCUGGCUGGAUGAAAGCUACAGAACUGUCAAUGUAGAUUCCGAUAGAUAG